GUCGGUAGUAUCGUCGUUAAAAUAAAUCAUUCAACUUAAAAUCGAUAAAUAAAUAAAUUAAAAAAAAAAACCUACGAAUAUUCGAAAAACAAAUUUUGUAUUAAAAGUCUAUGUACCAUCGUUUGUUGGUGUACUGAGUGAUUAUAGAUGGUUUUGGUGUUUUGUGAUCCGCUGGAACUGUGUUACAUUUAAAGUCCCGUUGCCCAUAACAGAAUCACGUAUAGAAGCUUGCAAUAGUAAUAGUAAAUUAUUUUGUAUUGAUCAUGGAGAUAAUAAAAACAAAGGACUAUCAAAUAGGAUGACCUUGGUUUAAUUGAAGACGUGACGCGAUGUCGCAGUCCGCGCUGGGAUUGGGCGGAGAGCGGCGUUACUCGGUGCCUUCCAAUCCAAUGAUGCACGACCCUAGAGGGAUGCAUUCCGAAGAUCUGCACGCGUGGUCUAUCUAUAGGCAAAACUUGAACUCAGACUUCACAGACAGCGCUUUAGGAAGCACCGACAAAAGUCCAUUGCCGUAUGGAAAUUUUCAGCUGAGGGAUACUACCGUGCAGUCAAUACUAUCCCAUCCUCGCUAUGGACCUAAAUCAGCUCUCGGUUCGAACAUGUACACGUAUCUCAAAUUUGGGCUACCACGAGUGUUUCCGCCGAAUCACAACGGCUCGCAAAGAUCUGGCACACCAAAGCCGAAAACUUCGAUAGGCAGCGGAAUGAAACCGGUACAAAGAAUACACCGACAGAGCAGAGGAGUUCGGGAAACGUCUUCAGGUUAUGACAGCUCCGACAACGAAACCACAGCUAACUACAACAAAUACAGCCGGAAGUAUCGAUCUGAUCCUGACUUUCGGAUGCAAAACCUUCAGUCUACUUAUCAGGCGAGUACUGGCGUGCCGCUGGUAGCGAUGCACCAGGCGGGUAUCCGGGAGCCGCAGUGGGCCAACUCCCGGCACAAGUCUGUCAGCGAAGCCAACUUACUGGGCAUAGACGGGCGACCGCAACGGUCCCAAUACACGAACAGAAGAAACAGUGUUGCCGAUUUCGUUCCGGACGGAGAUCAUCACAGUUAUCUGCUGCCGUCUUCGCACCUCGGUGGAAGGAUGUCGAAGGCCGGCAGUCACAUGUCGGUAGCGCACUCCAGGAAGCACUCCACGCUAAGGCCUGGAGAUCAACUCGACGGAUAUGCACAUUCAGCUUACAUUUACCCUAAUUAUUACGUAAACAAUUUAGAAAUAACGUCACCGGAAAACAAAUCAACGCUCGUGGUGUCAGGGUUGAGUUUCGAAGUGAAGUGUGGCGAGAUUCUCGCAGUGCUGGCGACCGCUCAGCAUGAGGCGACGGGACUAUUGGACGUUCUAGCUGGAGUUCGAAAGAAACUAUCCGGCGAUAUAGUGAUCAAUGGGCAGCCUGUAGCUUCGUCUACGCUCAGGAAAGUGGUAGCAUACGUGAGGAAUGACACCGCGCUGUGCCCCGCCAUGUCAGUGGAGCACACGUUGAGGUUUCAUGCCGCUUUGAGGAAGCCCAGGAACACGCAUAGUCACGUUAAAAUGGGUGACCGUGAUCGGAUAAAUCUUCUGAUAGAAGAGCUUGGUUUAGAACAAGUUAGGGACACGAAUGUAGGGCGAUUGACUCGCUCGGAGAUCCGUAGACUGAAUGUUGCGUGUCAACUACUUUUGGACAUGGCUAUCCUUAUCUUAGACCAGCCUACGAAAGAGAUGGACAUAUUUGACACGUUCUUCUUGGUGGAGUAUCUUCGGAACUGGGCCAGCACUGGUCGUGUCGUGAUCAUGUCGUUACAUCCACCUACGUAUGAGAUUUUUGCCAUGUUGACUAAAGUUGUAUUGAUAUCAGCAGGUCGAACAAUGUUCAGCGGUUACAGACGGGAUAUGUUGCCAUAUUUCUCAUCCAUCGAUUAUCCCUGCCCUGCCUUCAAGAACCCAUCGGACUAUUAUUUGGACCUGGUGACCCUGGAUGAGUUGUCAGCGGCGGCGCUGCUCGAGUCCUCGGGCCGCAUCGAGGCGCUGAGCGCUGCCCGGCCGGCCACUCGCGCUGCCCCGCCCCCUGCCGCGCCCCUCCCCGCGCCCCGACACCCGCCCGCGCCGCACGUGCAGAUACUCGCACUACUGCAAAAAACUUUAGUAUUCACUCAAGUUUCGACAUUAUCGAAUAUCAUCACGCGAGUCCUCAUAGCUGCUAUUAUAUCUAUUAUCACCGGAACCAUCUUCUGGGACCUGCCAUCCACCGACCCUAAGUUAACACAGAACGACAGAAUAGGAUUUCACUACACGGUGAUGUGUUUGUCUGCUUGGCCGGUGUUGCUAUGGCUCGGCGCCAGAGAGGCCAGCUCGAUGAGGAAGCACGUCGAGAGAGAUAUCGCUGUAGGACUUUACUCCAGGACCGUGUUUAUAUUAUACGAUCAAUUUAUCGAAGUACUUUCAGCGAUAUUGACCUGGCUAGCAUACUUGGUUCCGAGUUAUGCCAUGUCGGGGCUGUAUGCACCAACACCAGGUGCCUUCGACGCCUUCUAUAUCUAUUUAGGAUGCAUGGUGUUAUUUUUUAUCAACAUCCAAAUGGUGUGUCGAGCAACGAUAUUCCUGGUUCCGAUGGAGAAGACGGCCUCAGUGAUAUCUGGCGUAUGUCUCCUGCUCGGCACCUUGGUAAACGGCGUGAUGAUACAGCAGGCGGAUCUGCCUUAUUACGUGAAAUGGCUGCAAUACGUGUCUCCAUCGAGGUGGACGAUACCGGAGAUAUUGAGGAGGGAACUAAGCGAAACGGUGUUGAGGAACAGCAUCAGUAAAGAUCUCAGAUGCACCAAUAAACAGAGGCCGUAUCCCGAUAUAAUAGUACAAUCGCCGUGUCCGCCGCCGAAUGGAACUCAGGUGCUCUCCAACUACGGGUACCUUCGCGCGGACAACCUCUGGGAGCAAACGGACGACAGAUUCCUGAUCGCGCUGACCAUAUUCUACGCGGUGUUCUCGCUGAUUGCGAUAAUCGCUUUUGUCGCCGACUGUCCCAGUUAUAGGAGAAGCAAAGAACGGAACAGUAUGAAAGGACACAAGGUAACAGUUAACACUCCAUGAGGGUACUUAUUAAACUGGGAGCGCUCAUUCGAAAUAGAAAAAUUGUAUAUCAAACAUUUGCGAUAUGCUGGGUGUUAGGAGACCGUUUCCGAAAACGAAGACAGACGAUAGUACUAAUGACACCUUUGAUGAUGGAGUUGUUUAGAAAAAUGUUGUAAAUAAGUAUUUGUGCGAUCGCGCGAGUCUGCGCCGCGCCCUAUCGUUCGUUGAUCCGAGCAUCAGCUGUUUUUGAUUUUGUGUUUCAUUGCUGGUUUUUUUUUUAGUAAAGUAAUGUAU